AUGAAAUGGGUAUUUACACUUAUCCUAAUAAAUUUUUGUUUUGGAAAUAAUUCCCAAGAAGUCAAACAAGAAGAGUUUGAAAAUGAAGGAAAGUGUGGAGACGGUAUUUGGGAUUGGUUUAGUGAAGAAUGUGAUGGAACAAGUGGAUGUGGAAAAGAUUGUUUAUGUAAGAAAGGUUACACGGCAAAUGGUAAUGGGACAUGUGUCAUGUCAUGUAUGUUUGGAGAUGGAUGUAUUGGUGGAUGUACUGAACCCGAUGUAUGUGAUGAAUGUAAUACAACAAAAGGGUAUACAGAAGAUUGCCAAGGAUGUCAAGAAGGUUAUAUGUGGUUUGGAGAAGGGAUAUGUCAACCAUACACAAGUCAUUCUAUGCACACCUGUUUUAGUUUUCUUAAUUUCACUCGUUAUCAAACAGCUGGACUAGGAGUUGCAUUUCCAUUUGAUAUUUUAAUUGGAAAUAACCAAAAAGAAAUCAUUGCAAAAAUUCCUAAUAUCCCAGCUCAAUUUCAGUCAUUAUCAAUUUCAAGAUGUUCAAGAUUUGUUGAUAUGAUGAAACCAUACACAUAUGGGUAUUGGUUUAAUAUAACCUUUGAGAAAGCUUCAAAGAUUAUGAUAGAGGUUGAAAAUGUUUAUUCUGCAGAAACUAGAAAUUAUUAUGACACAAUUCAACAUGAAAUUGGUAGUGAUAUGGCUAUUCUCAUUCAAAAUGAAUGUCCAUCAACUACUGAUCUUAGUUAUAGAGUGAAAUGUAUUAUGAGAAAUGGAGGAACAAGUAACUAUGUAAGAGUACCAAGAAUGUAUUAUGAAGCAACAGCAAACAGCAAUAUUUUUGCUUUUGUCCAUACUAAAUAUGCAAGUAAACCAAUGGGAGGAUUUAAUAUUUAUUUUAAUGAAAUAAAACAUGUAUGUUCUUACACUGCUUCCACUAUUAAAUGGCAAAACAUUGUUAAAGGAAAUUAUUAUGUUGAUUUAAACUUAGAUAAUGCUAUUCAAUCAAACUCUGUUUGUAAUAAGAAUAAAGUAAAAGGUUUUUGGUAUAGAAUACCUGGUGCCGAUCAUACAAUUAUAAUUUCAUCAUGUAAUUCAACAGGAGAUUAUGACGUUUCAUUUAAUUUGAUUAGAUAUAAACCAGAUGAUUAUGGAUAUACUUCUUAUGAUGAAGAUAUUUCUAAUGUUGAUUGUAGUGAUUCAUCUCAUACGGAAUGUGUUUUAACGAGAACAGAUGGAUGUGCUAGUGAUUCAAAAUUAGCUAAAAUGACUAUCACAAUUAGCCAUGAAUAUGACUAUUUAUUAUUUGUUGGGAUAACUGAAGAAUAUGAAGCAAAUGUAAAAGUUAGUUUUGAUAUUACAUGUCCACAAGAAUGUGGAUCAAAUGGUAAAUGUUCUCCUUAUUCUGGACAGUGUGAAUGUUAUAAUAGUUAUACUCUUAUUGAUGAAGUAUGCACAAAAUGUGGUAAUGGUAAAUUAGAUAAUGAGGAGGAAUGUGAUAAUUCAGUUGAAGGAUAUCAAGACAGUUUAUGUACAAAUGCUUGUAAUUGUAAAUAUGGUACUCAACCAAUGACUGUUAAAGUCAAUGGUUCAAUUUCUACUAAAUGUGCUGUUCCAACAUGUGGAAAUGGAAAAAUUGAUGUAUAUGAAGAAUGUGAUGGAGGAUAUGGAUGUGAUCAUUGUGUUUGUGUAAAUAUGACAAAGAAAUAUUCAAAAGCAAGAAUUGAUUGUUUACAAUCUAGUUGUGGUGAUAAACAAUUAGAUGAAGGAGAAGAAUGUGAUGGAGGAGAUGGUUGCAUUGAAUGUGAAUGUCAACCAGGAUGGUAUAGUCAAGAAAAAGCACAUUGUUCACCUCAGUCAUUAUUGGUAAGACAAUUAAAAUAUUGGGGAACAUUAGUUAUUGUUUAUUGGAUCUUCUUUUUCAUAUUAUUAUUUAUUCUAAUUCUUCUUUAUAUAAAAUUAACUAAAAAAAUUAAACAAGAAAUUGAUGAUGAAAAAUUAGUGAUUUUUGAAAAUACAAUUAUUCCAUUUGAUAAAACUAAUUCUCAAUACAUUGAUUUAAAACAAGAAAAUCCUUACUUUUCAUUCUCAACAACAGAUAUUGAUUUUGGUGAUAAAAGGCCUGAAAUAGAUGAGCCAAUUGAAACAACAAUCAGUUUAAAGAAUAACUGGAAAGAAAAUCUUCAUUUUACAUUCCAUUCUGGUGAUUAUCCUAAAUAUGAAAUUAUGUGUAAACCAUUCACUGGUACUGUUCAUCCAUCUGAAAGUAUUGAAUUAACUAUUUCAUUUAUUGCACGUUGUACUACUGUAUUAAAUGAAAAAGUUCCUAUUACAAUACGUUAUGGUCAAUUACAAAAUAUUAUUAAAGAAAUUAAAAAAGAAAAUCCUGAUUUAAUACCUCAAAACUCACAAUCAAGUCAAAAUAGUGAAAGUGAUAAUAAAUCUCAUUCUUCUUCAACUAAUGGAUCUUCUUCUCAAAAAAAUUCUCAUACUUCAUUAAGUACUCAAAAAAAUACACCAUCAGGAAGUGGUAAAUCAGGAUCUUCUCAUGACUCUGAUUCAAAAAAGAAAAAAGGAAAAUCUAAAGUAUCUAAAUUCCAUGUUUAUUUAAGUCUUCAAGUUGAAUCUGCUCUUUCUACUAAAUUAGAUUAUGAAGAAAUUCAUUUACAACAUCCACCUAUUGGUGGUGGUACAUUUGGUAUUGUUUAUCGUGCUGAAUGGAGAAAAGUUGAUGUUGCAGUUAAAGUAAUGAAAAGUGAUUUAGUAGAUAUGAUGGAUUUAUUACCUAAUUUUAUGCAAGAAGCAGAAAUGAUGGAACGUAUUCGUUGUCCAUAUAUUGUAAAUUUCAUUGGAAGUGUUGUUACAUAUGAUACAUUAUGUCUUGUAACAGAGUUUUGUCCAUUAGGUUCAUUAAGAAAGUUUAUGAAAACAAAUCCAAUGAGCGAUUUUUUAAAAAUAAGAUUCUGUCAAGAUAUAGCACGUGGUAUGGAGUAUUUACAUGAAAAUGAUAUUCUUCAUCGUGACUUAAAAACUGAUAAUGUUUUAGUUUAUUCUAAAAAUCCAUCUGAUCCAAUUACUGCUAAAGUUACUGAUUUUGGUACUUCUCGUUCAUUUAUUGAAUCAUCAAGUAAAAUUGCCCUUCAAAAUAUUGGUACACCUGUAUAUAUGGCACCAGAAAUUAGUAGAAAAGAUCAAAUGACAUUAAAAUCAGAUGUAUAUUCAUUUGCUAUUUGUAUGUUAGAAAUUUGGUUAGGAAGAGAUCCGUAUAAUCCAACAAAAUUCCCUGAUUCAGAAUCAAUUUUAAGAUUUGUUGGUGCAGGAAAAAGACUUGAUAUUUCUGAUGAUUGUCCAUUAAAAAGUAUUAUAGAACAAUCUUGGCAACAUAGAUCCUCUGAUCGUCCUACUUUCAAAGAAAUAGUAAACACUCUUGAAACUGUUUUAAAGAAAAUAAUUGAUAAAUCAAAAUCAGACUCUAAUAACAAAAAUCAGUCUACUUCUAUAAAAACUGAUAGUCAAAUAAAAACUUCUUCUACCUCUAAUCAACAUACUAUUAAUACAAAUACUUCUACAAGUAAUACAAUAAGUAAAACACAAACAGAAGAAAGUAAAGAAAGCCACGUAUCAGACACUGAUUCUAAUUCAUCAAAUAUUGAGCUUUAA